AGGCUCAGGGUUGAGCCCAGUUACCAAGGACUCGAGCAUGGGUUGAGCGCGGGAGACUGACAAUGGGAGCAGCUUUCGGCAGUGGCUGCUGCAACAGCGCAUCGGAGUCCGGAGAGGUCAAGGUGCCGUCUCGGCAUGAAGGUGCUGUGGGCCAGAUGGUGUUGGCAGAUGACAAAGAACCCCUCCCAAAGUCUUCAUCAAGAAGGCGUGCAAAGACUCACACCAUGCUCGGUGGCCUGCGGUCAAAGGUUCCAACAGACUGCACUGACGAUCUUCCAAUUUGUCCUCUGCAUGGAGUUUCACUCACUUUCAUGCAGGAGUUUGGUGUCAUCAACAAGAAGCUGGUUGAUGCCAAGGACUAUUCCAUUGGCGGUUUAUGUUACAAGAUCAUUAAGCCCAGUACCAUGUUCAAGGCAGGCAAGCCAUGCACAACGACGGAAGAGGCGGACGCACUCAUGUCCUAUGCAGAGGUUGGCUUCCGGGAUAACAUCGCCGAUCUCAAGAAGCGGCCAGCUUUCGAGUCCAUGGCCAUGCAUUUUGUGUCCCAUGCGUGGAGGUACGACUUUGCCACCUUUUUGGAAGCUCUUGCCAACUGGGACGAGCAGAAAGGAACAGAUCAGUUCACGUACUUCUGGGUGGAUGCAUUUGUGGUCAAUCAGCACAUUGCCGAUUCCUAUCCGAUGGAGUGGUGGUCCACCCGCUUCGCACAAGCUGUUGGCGAUGUGGGAAGCACGAUUCUAGUCUCGCUGCCGUGGGAGGAUCCCAUUCCUCUGAAGCGCGUGUGGGUAAUUUGGGAGAUCUUCUGCACGAACCAAAUGGGUGCUCGAUUUGAUAUUGCGAUGCCGAAGCAGACGAUGGAUGACUUCAGGAAGGCAUUAAUCAGCUCCUUCAACAAGGUGCAGACCGCGCUUAGUGGAGUCGAUGUUGGGCUCAGCACCGCGUAUCAUGUGAGCCAUCAGGAAAUGGUCCAUGACGAGAUCAAGCGCACCAUAGGUUUCACGAAGCUCAAUGAGAUGGUGCAGCUCCGCAUGAACCGAUGGCUGAUCGGAGCUGCUACCAAAGAGCUCCAGUCCAUGAAGACAAAGGGGGCAAAGCGGCAAGACAGAAUUGGAUUGCAGGACAAUUUGGCCCGCAUGCUGCGCGAGAGCGGUAAUUUUGCUGGAGCCGAGUUCUACUUCAAGGAACUCCUGCAAGAAAUCGAGACGGCUUAUGGGAAAGAUCAUGUCCUCGCGCUGAGCUGUCUGAACCAACUCGCUGUCACGCUGCAAAAAGCCCACAACGUGGAUGAGGCUUUGAAGCGGCACCGCGACUGCCUGCAGCGACGCCAGCGCAUCCUGGGGGAGAACCAUGAGGAGACCCUGCAGAGCGUCUCCAACCUGGCAGUCCUUUUGAGCUUGCAGAGGCCGCUGACCGUGGAGAUCUUCGAGGAAGCGCGCAAGCUGUACAGCUUGGCAGUGAAGGGGCGCGAGACAACCAUCGGCGCAAAGGAUCCCAGAACCUUGUACACGAUGAGCAACAUGGCCCGCUUCUUGUCGGAGGCACCACAGCCGACCAAGGAACUUCUUGAGGAGUCUGAUCAGCUUCACUCACGAGCUGUGGGGUCAUUGACGGAGUUGCUGCAGCAGGGCCAUCCUUUGACGCUGGCAUCGAUGCACAACCAGGCAUGCUCCUGGCUGGAUCAAUGCCAAUUCGAGGAGGGCAGCUGGUCAGGACCUCUUGUAGAUGAAGCUGUCGAUCAGCUACGCCUCGUGCACAAGCUUCGGAUAGAGAAGCUUGGAAAAGAGCACCCGGACACAGUGCAGACUGAGAAGAAGUUGCAGGAAAUCAACCGGAUGAAGAAGCAGCUUGAGAAUCAAGAUGCUGGAGCUGCCGGGAAAAAGAUAGAGUCCUUUGCCACGUUCCAGGAUCUGUUCAACGCACACUUUGACGAAGUGAGAACUGUGGAGCAGUUUAAGCAGGUGCGUGCGCAAAUGAUUGAAGGGACAGCAGCAGAUUUGGUCUUUGAUGACCUUCUGUCAGCUGGUUUCAUUGACUCCGACGGGUACAUGACAACAGGCAUGCAGCCGUACAACUUCUUGGCCCACAUUGCAACAAACAACCUGGUUCAGAGAAAAUGCGAAGUUGAACAGUCGUACUUGGGCUUGCACCGAGAGCACUUCGUGCUGGCGCAUAACAAGCCAGAAUGCGAAGACAUGUGGUCCAGCUCUGAUCCAAGCUGGAUCGGCAAGGCAAGCAUGUCGAAGAACCACCGCUUUCUUGCUUUCAGAAAUUUGCGCUGGGAAUUCUUCAACGUGAUUUCCGUCGGCUUGGAGAGUGGAUCCGAGCAUGGUCUAGCAUCACUUCAGGCUAUGAAGGACGCCGCGUUGCAAUUUGUCACAAAUGCGCCUGGCUGGUCACCACCGGAGAACAUUGGGUUGUAUUUGGCCGCAUGGCCCUUGACCGCAGUCCCAUGCUUGCAUCUCCACAUAGUGGAUCUUGCCCACACAGGGCCCUCUUUUGAGAGGCUUUGCCAAAAGAUGUUGCCCCUCGACAAUGCCAUUCAGGUGCUGAGGGACGAAGUUACCCAAGGAAUUGGUCCAAUAGACAGUGUAUGCCUCAAGUCUUCUUACCCAACGCGAUGAAGGCAGAGGACCUGUGAGCACCAAUAUUUCUAUUUAAUACGUGCCGUUUAGUUUCACGGCCUGCAUGCAGGCUGGAGCACAGGCGACGCAAAUGCGACGCCCAAUGCAAGCAACAGAAACAUGCCAACCACAA